AUGGCUAGCCGACUCAUGAACGAUGGCCUACACGCCCUGCUUCGGAGAGCUGCUGAAGACUCCGAUCCCGAUGAUGCGCCCGAAGCAGGGUCCAAGGAGAUUACAAGCUCCUGGGCAUUGUUUAUCAUGAUCAUGUUGUUGAUGUUCGCCCUGUUCACGAGCUACAUCCUCCAACAGAAGAAGAUCCAAGCUGUACAUGAGACGGUGCUAUCGAUUUUUGCAGGGAUGUUCGUUGGACUGCUCAUCCGCUUCACAGACUCUACCCUUCAAGACAGCGUCGCCUUCGACUACCAAUUCUUCUUCAAUCUCCUCCUUCCUCCCAUCAUUCUCGCCUCUGGCUAUGAACUCCACCAGUCGAAUUUCUUCCGUCAUAUCGGCACAAUUCUUACGUUCGCCUUCGCCGGUACCUUUAUAUCCGCGAUGGUGCUUGGUUCAGUUCUGUACCUAUGGACGCGAAUCCCGCUGAACGGACUGGAUAUCUCCUUCGUCGAAGCUAUCUCGGUCGGCGCAACCCUCUCCGCUACGGAUCCGGUCACCAUCUUAGCCAUUUUCAACCUCUACAAGGUCGAGCCGAAGCUUUAUACUAUCAUCUUCGGCGAGUCGAUCCUGAACGAUGCCAUUGCGAUCGUGCUCUUCGAGACGGCGCAGAGGUACCACGAGAACGCAGCUGGACCCUUGACCGUUGGGCAUUUCUUCGAAGCCGUUGGGCUCUUUUUGCUCGUUUUCUUUGGUAGCAUGGUUGCCGGAAUGCUUGUUGGAAUCGCCACCGCGCUGGGUCUUAAAUAUACACACGUGCGACGCAUGCCUAAGAUCGAGAGCUGCCUGAUUAUUCUGAUUGCUUACGCCAGCUACUUCUUUUCUAACGGCGUGCACUUGUCCGGAAUCGUCUCGCUCUUGUUCUGUGGAAUCACACUCAAGCAUUAUGCGUACUAUAACAUGUCGCGUCGCACGCAGUUGACCACCAAAUACUUGUUCCAGGUGAUGGCUCAGCUUUCGGAGAAUUUCAUUUUCAUUUACCUCGGGCUAGACCUCUUCGUCGAACCUAACCUUCGAUUCAAUCCCCUGUUUAUCAUGGUUGCAGUAUUCGGUAUCUGCCUUGCCCGCUACAUGGCGGUAUUCCCGCUUUCCAAGGCUAUCAAUUGGUUCCUUCGGUACCGUGCCCGUCGUCGUGGCGUGGAUGUCGCCGAUGAGCUGCCUUUCGCCUACCAAGCGAUGCUCUUCUGGGCUGGUCUGCGUGGCGCCGUCGGUGUCGCGCUUGCAGCGGGUCUGUCAGGAGCCAACGCGCCUACUCUCCGUGCAACGGUGCUCGUUGUCGUCGUGCUUACCGUCAUCAUUUUCGGCGGAACGACGGCACGCAUGCUAGAGAUUUUGGGCAUUCGAACAGGAGUGGUCGAAGAGCUCGACUCUGACGAUGAGUUUGACACCGAGGUGACCCACGGCGGCACCUACUAUAAGCGCUCCGGCACCAGCCUGGGCUACAUCCCGCGACGCGGCGACUCAGUGCCCCUGGACGGUGUGGGCGCUGCCACACGCGCCGGGGCCCCGGAGCGGACCCACAGCUACUCUAGCGGCAACAGCCGCCGCCCAAGUCCACCAUAUACCCACACCAGGAUGUACUCCGCCGCCUACAGCAACAAAGACCAGUCCUGGCGCGACCGCCAAUCUGCCGCAACCCUACUCAACGGCGCAUCCGGACCGAGCGCCGGCGAAGGCAGCGACGACGAGCUCGGCCUGCCGCCCUCCGGCGACGCCCGUGGCCACGAUCCCACCCACCCAGACGAGUUCGACCUCGACAUCGAGGGUAUCUCCGAUGACGACCUCCCACCCGCUGCAAGCGGAGCCUCGCGUCUCCGUCGAUCCGCAUCCCAACCGCCGCCGCCGACUGUCCCCUCCCCCGGCGCUACGGCAUCAGCCGGCAUCUCGCCCACACGCCAGGCACCGGGCUUGUCUGCUCGGGAGGCGCUGCGUGACUUGUUCUCGGGCGGUGCUACGGGUGAUCAUGCGGCUUGGUUCCGGCAGCUUGAUGAGGAUUAUAUCAAACCCACUCUCCUGCUGGAUCAGUCGAACCAUAAGGGACCUGGACCUGGGGCUGUUUGA